AUUCAUCUCCAUUCUCCUUUCAUCUCCGUUCUGGUUCAAGCAUAUGAUUCAGGCAUUGACAUUUCGAGUCAAUCAUCUCCACUAUCCUUCAUCUCCAUUAAGAUUUUGUUAUCUGGAUUCUUCGGUCUCAAGGUGGUGUUUGAGAUUGAAUCUUAAUCGAAAAGGGUUUUUAUUCUCAAGUGGUGUUUGAGAUUGAAAACUUUUUUGGUUGCGUGAUCGUUUAAUCCUUGAAGAACGAUAUAUCAUGGCUGUGUAUACUUGUAAAAAGUGUAAGACUGAUGCAUUUACUGUAUGGAAUGCUUGGGGACUGGCUUUAAUUCCGAUGGAACAUUGUGCUCAAGUUCGUGUCAAGCUCAAUUGAUAGAUGUGAAAGGAAGAGAAGAAAUACUGAUAAUUCAUAGCAAAAACAAGAAGCUCGACAAGAACGUGUCACUAAAUGUGAUCACGAUGCGAACUUCUAGGUUAAACUGUAUGAGCUGGCAAAUCUAAUGAACGAUACAACCAUCUUGAUGGCAGAAGAGGCAAGGAUGACAGAUGGAAAGAACAAGAUGUUAGUAGCCUAUCAUGAAACCGGUCAUGCAGUCUGCACGUUAUCGUUAUGGUCAGGGGUGGAUCCAAAGUCUAUAUUGUGCGAGUUUUUCAAGGCUGGUCAAUGUGCGAAAGGUUUCAAAUGCAAGUUUUCUCAUGACUUGAAUGUACAAACAAAGGGUGAAAAGUUUGACAUUUUCAGUGAUAAGCGUGAUGAAGGAACAAUGGAGGACUGGGAUUUGGAGACGUUGGAAAAAGUUGUGGAAUCAAAAGGAAAAGAGUACAACCAGAAUAAACCAACCGACAUCGUUUGUAAACACUUCCUCGAUGCAGUGGAGAAAAAGCAAUAUGGUUGGUUCUGGGUAUGUCCAAACGGUAAUAAAGAGUGCCAUUACAGACACGAUCUCCCUCCCGGAUACAUCUUGAAAUCUCAAAUGAAAGCUCUUUUAGAAGAAGAGGCUAACAAGCUAGCUAUCAAGGAUGAGUUUGAGGAUCAGGUUAAAGCAGUUUGUGGUCGUCUUCGUUCGAAUUCAGGUAGCUAUAUGCUUGCUGAAGAGAAAACUCUUUAUCAUUUACUGAAAAACUAUGAGCAAAUCGGAAGCUACUAAUAUUGAAUAAAAUUGCUACAAUAAAAGAUGGCGAUACAAUAGAAUUUGAGGUACCUGGAGAUGCUGAACUGAAAGCUUUUUUUUUUUUGGGGGGGGGGGGGUGGAUGUGGGGAAGUUUAUGGAGUAUGCAAUGAAGACCCCAUUGACUCAUCACGCGGCGUCGCCAAGCGGUUUAGGGGUCCAGGGUUGUGUUUGAAGAAAAUAUAUCUAAAGAAUCUAAAGAAGGCUUACAAAAUAAAUCUAUCAGGUACUUACAGAGUAUUUAAUUUUAGUAUGCCAAUUAAUUAACACACCGAAGGAUUAUAGCAAAGUGUUUUGAGGAGAAGAAGACUCAUAUCUAAGCUAAAGUUCUUUAAAUCUAUGAGGCUUCAAGUGCUAACCUGAUAUUAAGGUUCUGUUUAACGGGAAAGAAACUUAUAAUAUGUAUUUAUUGUUUAAUUUUAAAAUUUGAUGGCUGGAAACCAAAUAGAUUGUAGGGGUAGACUUUUGUUAUGGAGAUCAAACUCUGACAUAAAAUGCUUUGCUUCUUACUAUCAAGACGUUCUAACAUGUUGCCCUCAUAAUCAAACAUACCCAGAUGCUUAGUUAUCAAUAAGAUCAUACAUUUAGUAAUCAAAUCUAAUAUAAAAAGUCACAGGGGAGACAAAUAUUAAAAUCAAUGACAACAAUAAUACGGCAUAGAGGAGAGAUGGACACCAUUGGGGGCUGGGAAGAUGGGAUUCGUGACUAAAUGGAGCCCAAUUUUUUAGCUGCUAUAGUGUUAUUUUUUUGUUUGCAACUUAAUUACGAGGAUGCUAUUUUGCUAACCUUUGGGCUGCAGUUAAUUAGUGGGCUACAAUCAAAUUUGAGUUCUUAAACUUUUGGGCUUAUGCAGUGUGUAUUUUAUCUUCUCGUAAAGAAGUAAGCGGAACAGACUAACUUCCAAUCUCAGAACAACAACAAAGCCAACUGAAAUCCAACCUAAAACUCCUACAGUGCAGUUAGUGAAAUGAACUAUUCAAGCUGACAGGAGUGCAAAUCAUACUUGGUGGAAAUCAUGCUAGGCUCUUUGCAACUUAUAUAGAUCGUUGACUGUUUGUGAUGUAGCGAGUACUUUGAGGCUUAAGCAUAAAUUCGGUUAAUUUCAUAGUUUGAAUAAAAAGUUGGGUAAAUUUUUAUAUGAGUCCAGGUGAUUUCAUCAUUUUAAAUAAUUGAAUCUGAUCCUUGAAUUUUUAACUCAUUGAGUCCGAGUGGUUUCCAAGUCCAUGUGAUUUGAACAUACAAAUACAGAAACACUCAAGGUGAUGAUAACAUUCAUGUUCAUAUGGAUUCUUGAUGUAUAACAUCUUAUAUAUUAAUAUUAUUAAGGU